UGUCUGGAAAUGACCACUAAGCGGAAGCUGAUUGGCCGGCUGGUGCCGUGCCGUUGUUUCCGUGGUGAAGAGGAAGUGAUCUCGGUGUUGGACUACUCCCACUGCAGCCUGCAGCAGGUUCCAAAGGAAAUCUUCAGCUUUGAGAGGACUCUAGAGGAGCUCUACCUUGACGCCAACCAGAUUGAGGAGCUACCCAAGCAACUAUUCAACUGCCAGGCCUUGAAGAAGCUGAGCAUGCCCGAUAACGACUUGUCCAACCUGCCCACCACCAUCGCCAGCUUGGUCAACCUCAAAGAGCUAGACAUCAGUAAAAACGGUAUCCAGGAGUUUCCCGACAAUAUCAAAUGCUGUAAAGGCCUGUCUGUGGUGGAGGCCAGUGUCAACCCCAUCACCAAACUCCCAGAUGGUUUUACGCAGCUCCUGAAUCUGACCCAGCUCUUCUUAAACGAUGCCUUCUUGGAGUAUCUGCCGGCUAACUUUGGCAGACUCUCCAAACUACGGAUCCUGGAGCUCAGAGAGAACCACCUGAAAACCAUGCCAAAGUCCAUCCACAGACUGACACAGUUGGAGAGGUUGGAUCUGGGUAGCAAUGAAUUCUCUGAAAUGCCGGAGGUGUUGGAACAGAUCCACAACCUAAGAGAGCUGUGGCUGGAUAACAACUCUCUCCAGUGUAUACCCGGGGCGAUAGGAAAACUUCGUCAGUUGCGGUACUUUGACUUAGCUAAGAACCGCAUCGAGACGUUGGACACGGAAAUCUCCGGCUGCGAGGCCUUAGAAGACCUGCUGCUGUCCUCCAACAUGCUGCAGCACCUCCCUGACUCUAUAGGAAUGUUAAAGAAGCUGACAACAUUGAAGGUAGAUGACAACCAGCUGACCUCACUGCCUAACACUAUUGGGAGUGCGAAGCCCAAGCAAGGUCUGUCUCUAUUGGAGGAGUUGGACUGUAGUUGUAAUGAGUUGGAGUCAUUGCCUCCCACUAUCGGCUACCUGCACAACCUAAGGACCUUUGCUGCUGACGAGAACUUUCUCUCAGAGCUGCCGCGGGAGAUCGGUAACUGUAAGAAUGUGACGGUAAUGUCAAUGCGGUCAAACAAAUUGGAGUUUCUUCCUGAUGAGAUCGGACACAUGACCAAACUACGAGUUCUUAACCUCAGUGACAACAGGUUGAAGAAUCUACCGUUUACCUUUACUAAGCUGAAGGACCUGGCAGCUCUCUGGCUUUCUGACAAUCAGUCCAAGGCUCUGAUCCCACUGCAGACAGAAGCCCACCCUGAAACCAAACAGAAGGUUUUGACCAACUACAUGUUUCCUCAGCAACCGCGACAUGAUGAGGAUUACCAGUCGGACAGUGACAGCUUUAAUCCUAUUCUAUGGGAAGAGCAGAGACAGCAGAGGAUGACUGUGGCCUUUGACUUUGAUGACAAGAAAGAAGAGGAAGACAACUCUGGGAAGGUCAAGGUGGAGAUAAACCUAAAGCGCUACCCAACACCCUACCCCGAGGACCUUAAGAACAUGGUCAAGUCAGUGCAAAGCCUUGUGGGUAAAAGCGUGCACACCGGACAUGGGCACCAGCACCAACACCAGCACCAGCACCAGCACCAGCACCAGCAUCAGCAUCAGCACCAGCACCAGCUGAGCACAGGCACUGCCACCUCGGCAGGGACCAACAUGGAACACACACACCUCAGCAAAGACCAGUACGAACCACCGUGGCCCCUGCCCCCCAAAGAGGUGACAGACAGAGAGAUGCAGGACUUCUCUCAGUCUCAGCUAAUGGAUCAGGGAUCAAUGCAUAACUCUGGCAUUGACAUUCCCAAAAGGAAAGACAAAGAGGACCUGACGGAGAGCUCCGAGGACUCCAUGGGCGGCUCUCCCAACGACAUCCGUAUCUCCGACAUGAGGCCCACCCUGGUGGAGCCGCCGAUGUACAAACCAAAGGUGGUUCUGCUGGGGAAGGACAAGAAAGAGUCUACAGAUGAAGAGGUGGAUAAGCUCCACUGUCUGAACCACAGCGGCUCCUCAGCCACUUACUCCGACUACUCUCCCUCACAGGGCUCCUCUGGCUCCUCCAACCCGCCCGGCAACGCACACCCACACCCACACCCACACACACACACACACUCUCCCGCCCUUCCGGCCCCAAACAAGGACCAGGCCCCUCAAACACACUGGACCAACAGACUGGCUCAGUCUUUCCCCAAACCCAUUGACUCCAAGCCCCUGCUGUCUCAGAGAGAAACCCCUCCAUCAGGAACCCUGCAGCAGCGCGGGGAUCGACGCCCACUGAGCGAGCCUUUUGAUUGGUCUGAGGCUCCUCACUAUGACAACACAGGUUUUGAUCCUGAGGAGUCUCCUCUGGAUCCUCCGACCUCGACUGGGAGUCAGGGAAACCCGCCGCUGGGCUCCAAACCCCGCAGCCAGUCAACACAUGGGCGCCGCCCCCUCAUCAGGCAGGAGCGAAUUGUAGGAGUACCUCUGGAGCUCGACACUCAGACGCUCCCCUUCCACGGCAACCAACGCUCCACUCCAGACAUUGACCCACAAUCCGGACAUCCUUCCCAGAAUCCCUGGCAGAACUGGACCAGAACCCCCAGCCCGCUGGAGGACCGAACCGCUUUUCCCUCCAAACUGGACCUGACGCCCACCUCUAGCCCCAACCCUGACCGCAAGGACCCAAGGCUGGAACAAGGCACAGGGCCUUUGCCCGGCAGCUGGACGUACCACGAGAAUCAGGGGGAGCAGAACAGGAAGGAUCAACUGAGUGUCAGCGGGGGCAACAAGGUAACCGUGGUGAUGAGUAAAAGCUCGGACCGCCUGUCCCCCAUGAUGAGGGAGACAAGAUCCAAGUUUAAGAAGUCACAGAGCAUCGAUGAGAUUGACAUUGGCUCCUACAAGGUCUACAGUAUACCCGUGGACAGCUACAGUACAUCCAUUGAGCAACAGACUAGUUUGGACCGUCAAGACCUUCCCUGCUCCAUGGAGCAGACCAACAUGUCACGGUCACAGUCUGCCCCCAUGUUAGACGAUGAGCUGAUCUUCCCAGGACACGGAGCGAGCAACCAGAACCAGUCGGGACAGAACCAAAAACCUGCCAUCCCGCAUAAGGCCUACCACUUUGACCACAACUACAACCCCCAGGUGACCAUGGACCGUCGGGUGCCUCCCCCCUUCCCCAACACACCAGAUUAUGUCAACCACUCAUCGAAAGCCUUGGAGUACAUCAAUCAACCAGGGAAGACCUUACCCAAGGAGCUGGUGAGCCCUCGGUAUCGUGCAUAUCCACCGCUGGAGAUGUUUUCUUUCCCCCAAUCACCAAUCAACCAGGAUGGCCCGCCCAGCCAGCAUCAGCAGCCAAUCCCUGCACAGCGCUCAAGGCCAGGGUUUUUGAGGAGAGCCGAUUCGUUGGUGAGCUCUACAGAGCUCGCUUUGUUCCGCAGAGUCCAUGAAGCCCAGCAGGAGGCGCUGCAGGAAGCUCAGUACAGACAGCAGGCGGACCCCCCUCAUUAUGGUCGGGCUCUGGCCUACUCCACCCCCAUGGAGCACUCUGCUCUCACCAACAUGGCCGACAGUCAGAGCCAGAUGAUGCACAACAAGAGAAACGGUCGCUACGACGAUGACUAUCCCAACUACCAGGAACAGAAGAAGCCAAUGAUUGGUUAUCCGACCAAGAGCCUGACUCAGCGUCGCCCCCUGUCUGCCAGAAGCUACAGUACUGAGACAUAUGGAGCAUCUCAGGCGCGCCCAGUGUCAGCUCGUCCCACUAUGGCUGCCCUGCUGGAGAAAAUGCCCCCUGACUACACGCUGGCCACCUGCCCUGAGAAACCAUCUGAUGACACCAUCAAAGUAAGACCUGGGGUACCACAGAAGCCUGACGACAUCACCUCCAGGAUGCCUGCCGAUUGGAGGCAACAGCUACUUAGGCACAUAGAGGCCAAACGAUUGGACAGGAGUGGUGUCCUAAAGCACAACACGCUCACGCUGGGCAUGCUCUGUCAGGGCAGGGGUCACGGCCAGGGGCGCAGCAGCACUUUGAACUUUAAUCUUUACAAUAACGCAAAGCAUGAGCCCCCUGCUGGCCGCUGGCUGCCACUACCUCCUCCUCCAUCUGCUAAAGCUACCCCCUCUCAGCAGGCUGCCAUGCUGGAUAAUGAUCAGGAGGGGCUGUCAGGGAGCAACCAGUGGGCUCCCUACUCACUUGGCAGGAGGGACGUCCCACCUGACAACCUCAUGAAGAAGAGUGCCCACUCGCACAACCCCUCCCACCAGUCACACAACACCAUGAUCGUCACUUCCUCUUCCUCCUCCUCCUCCACUACGCCUCACCGCGUAGUCGUGCAGCAGGGCUACGACGGGAUGAUGAACAAAGGGGGCCAAUACCAACCGGGCAUGCCCUUGUCAGUGGUUCCCUCUGGGGGUCCUGGGCAGUACCAAGGCAACAUUGUUACCAAUUUAUUGUUUCCCCAUCCAGGCCAUCCCUCUCCUGGACAGGGUUACCCCGGCCUGCCCAUGGCUCUGUCCCCGUCUGGGAACCAGCCCCAGUACAACCCCCACUCUUCCCACACAUCCCAUCAGCCCGCCACCAACCCUCAGUAUCACGGCAACCAGGGCAUGGGCAUGGUCCAUAGUAACCAGGUUGUCAUGACUCACACCAACCCACGGCCUCAGAGCGCUCGCUGCCUGUUGCAGACUAAAGGCCAGAAGAGCACAGAUGGUUUCCAGGAACAGUUGUGUGUGAGAAUAGAGAAGAACCCUGGUCUUGGUUUCAGUAUCUCUGGUGGCAUCAGCGGCCAGGGGAACCCCUUCAAACCCUCCGACAUGGGUAUCUUUGUCACUAGGGUACAGCAUGACGGGCCCGCCGCCUCCGCCCUGCAGCCCGGAGACAAGAUACUGCAGGCUAACGGACAUAGUUUUUUACACAUGGAGCACGAGACAGCCGUCUCUCUGCUGAAGAGUUUCCAGCGGAUGGUGGACUUGUUGGUUCUGAGAGACAGCAGCACUUGCUAA